CGACCACAAAGUCCUUCAUCAUCUGACAUUAAGGUUCAGCAUAUCACUCCGGGGAGAGCUUUGUUUCUUACUGAUGCUUUUUUAGACUUUUUUCAUUAUAAAAAAUAAAUAAAUAAAAAAUGAGGAAACGUUUGAUCCAAAUCUUUGGAUUCUUGAUCUCAUCGAUGGGAUGGCUGUUCAUUCUGUGCACCAUGGCGAUGGACUACUGGAGAAUCACCCAGAUCGGAGGACAGGGAGGAUCUUUCAUUAUUAAGGUGGCCUGGUACUGGUCCAACCUGUGGAAGGACUGCUUCACCGACUCCACGGCCGUCACCAACUGCAGAGAUUACGCGGUCCUCUGGAGCGUCAGCUAUUACGUUCAGGCAGUGAGGGGUCUGCUGAUGUGCGGGCUGACCAUUGGGUUCUUCGCCGUGGUGUGCUGCUUCAUUGGAAUGGAUUGUACCUACAUUGGAGGAGCUGAACAAACCAAAGACAAACUGGUCUUUUCUGGAGCCGUGUUCCAUUUUGUCGGAGGUGUGUCAAACAUUGCUGCUUACUGCUUAUACAUCAACAGGGUUGCCAAGGUCGCCUUCGCUCCCAGCGUGCCAGGAGUCUUAAAAUACGACCUGGGUCCUCCUAUUUUUCUCGGACUGGUCGGCUGUUUUUUAAUCUUUUUUGGUGCAAUUCUUUAUGCUGUGACAGUCUUCAGAGUAGUUUACCGUAAGAGGAGCGGUGUUCAAACAAUCGGUGGGGGCACAUACAUGGUCCCUCUGUCCAGAGGAAGAUCCAUGUACGGCGGAUAUAAUCCCUCGAGGAUGUACGAAUAUUACAGCUCUGGACGAACCACCAGCCAACUCUCACGACUGUCUGAGACGAUACCAACAAAAGUUUCAGAGAGAGAUGCAUUUGUGUAAAACAAAAGGGUCAUUUGUAUACGCUUUUAAUUUGAAAAAUGUUUAGGUUUUUCAUGUGGAAUGUAAAAAACUGGACUGACCAACUUGUCCUUUCCUUUUUUUUUUGUAUAUAAUUGUUCAUUUUGAAUAUUUGCCAAAGCAUUAAGUUACAAGGAGUUUUUUUGUUUUUCACAUGAUGAAGAAAACGUUCAUAAAUUCAUAUUGACCAAUCUGGUUAUUAAUUACACUGUAACAGAGUUGUGAAAGUAUUAUUUUAUAAGUAAAUUAUUGCAAUGUCAGAUUAUUUUACAAGAAUUAGAAAAAAAAUGUAGAAAUUCUAUCAAACAGAAAUUCUAUCACCUCCUGACGAACAAAUAAUCAAAAAAUGACUGUUUUUAAAGACUUUUAUGACCUAAAGACUUCAAAUAAAAAAAUAAAAUACAUCCUCAAAAUUUAAAAGGAAGAAGUUAAUGUUUAAAAUCGAUGAUUCAAGUUGUUGCCAUAAUAGGAUUUUCUGAUCUUCAAUACCAAAAAUGUACCUUUUUAAAAGUGGUUUUUGCAUGUUUGUAAUUUUGAUAAGUAAUGACACAGUGAAGUAUAUCAAGUGAUUGUUGUUUACUUGAGAAAGAAUAAAACCUCAUCACUGUGAAAUUUUUACUCGUCUUUCCUUCCUUCUUUUAAUCACUGAUUUCUGUCACAAUCCAGCCCAAUACGGCGUUUAUCCAUCCAUCCACACUCAUCGCAACCCAGUAGAAACCACAAAGUCUAGAAAAAUAAGACACAGAUUUGUAUUUCUAUUAUGAUAAAUAGGAGAAUAACUUUCUUUUCAAAAUAUGACUUUAGAUAGAGGUUCACAUAUUUUCCUUUCAAAAUAAGACACCCUGUGUCAUAUAGGAUCAUCUCAAUACAGCAAAUAACGUCUGAAGUAGUAAAAAAAAAAUCUCCAUGAAAAAUUUGUAAAUCUACAAACUAAAAAUAAAUCAGAGCUAAUUAGGAGACCCAUAUGGCACGCUUAAAUGCUUCCAAAAAAAUCAAACUAGAGAACUAAGUGAAAAGAGGAAAUCAUAUUUUUAGGCUUUUAUUUUUCCAUUUGGCUCAGGCACUGACCUUCACUUAAUAGUGUUAUUCAUGUUUCAUUUACUUAAAAUAUGCAGAGCAUUUUAUUUGUUAAAAAAAGAAGAAUUUCUUCUAUUUUCUGCUCUAAGAAGAUAAUAUCACAAAAUCUUUAAUUUCAAAGGAGCAAAACAUCGACUCAGGAAUGUACUUUAACAUUUUACAAGUGGGAGCAAGUCCUGAUCAUGUCUAAUUUAAAUGUUUUUCUAAAUCUCCAGCUUUCUUUGCCUUCAGACAUCCCAUAACCAACUCUUAGUUCUUAAAAAAUCUAAAUGAUAACAGACUUUUACAAACUAUUUCAAUGAAAACCUUUUAGCAUUAAAUAAAAAAAA